AUGGCUAACAAAAAAAAAGAUUUUGAUCCUGAUAGUGAACUUAAUCAAGCAUAUAAAAAUGCACAACAUGUUCAUUUUCAAGGAAUAGACAUGGAUAGUUUUAUUUAUAAAAAUGUUUGUCCAACACAAGCAAUUUUAUCGGUUUUAUUUAACUGUACACAUGAAGAUCUUAAUCUUGGUGCAACAUUAACUGAAUUUAAAGAAUAUUCUCAAAAAUUUCAUCCAAAAGGAGUUGGCCUAUUUGAUACACAAAUGAAAUGUGUUGCUUUAUCAAGUCAUGGACCAAUUCGUGAUGUACACAAUUGUUUUGCAAAAAAACAAUUAGCUGAAUUUUAUUCAGAUGAUGAAAAAAAAGAAGAAUAUGCAUUUCAUUUCAUCGUUUAUAUUCCAUUUAAAGGUUAUUUAUAUGAACUUGAUGGUUUAAAAACAGUAAAAAAUAAUAAAAUAUUAUUAAAAAUAUUAUUGUCUUUUUUUUUCAAGGCUCCAAUUGAUCAUGGUGCUUUUCCGGAAGAUAAUGAAUGUCUUGAUGUAGCUCGACCAAUUGUUCAACAACGUAUUCAAAAGUUCAUUGAAGAUAAAACACAUUUUCGUUUAAUGGUCAUUGUCAGUGAACCUGGUAAAAAAUAUGAACGAGAAUUAAAACAAAUAUUAGCUAAUUCUUCAUUAACUGAUGAUGAACGAAAUGCUCAAAAAUCUAAUUUAUCUAAAUUAAUUAAUGAAGAAAAACGUAAAAAGGCUCAUCGAAUUGCAAAUUUACGUCGACAACAUAAUCUUGCAGCUGCUAGCAAACAGGUUAUUGUUUUAUUCCUUAAACAAAGAAAAGAUGAUUUAUUGAUUUAA